UCAAAACAUCCGUCGAAACCGAAACUCUACGGAAAACGGAAGUUUGGAUCUGGCUCCAUUUUGAGGAGCGAGACGUAGGCGGACGGCUUGCGCUCGGGUCUUUUUUAAUAGAAGUACCUUUUUAAAGGUUGAAUACAUCGCUUUUAGUGAACCGACGAAGACAUGAAGUUAUCCAGUGCUCUGUUAUGGUUGACUUCAGCCGUCCUGGGAGUCAGACCCUCAUCUGCUCAAGGAGAACCUAAAUAUUUUGAAGUGGGAACAACGCUCACCUUGGAGCCAGACGUUUCCACUGUUCAAAAACCAAUCAACAGCAUCAGGUGGAAACAUGGCACCAGCUUGGUGGUGGAUUGGGAUCCGAGCAGCCUUACAUACUAUGGGUCAUUCAGAGGACGCACAACGUUGGAUCCACAAACCCUGUGGUUGGUCAUCAAUCGUUUGACCUUGGCAGAUAGCGGACAGUUCUCCCUGGAGACGAAUCUUGGAACAGUCGGGACUCAUGAGGUUAAAGUCAUCAAGCCCCCUCCGAAGCCCCUUGUAUUGACAACGAAGAACCCUGAGGGAGCUCAUGCUCUGAGGUGUACCGCGGACACCAAGGAUCUGGGACCGGUCUCCUACGAAUGGAAGAAAGACGAAAUGAAGGAAGGGAAUUGGGAGGAAGGGCCGUGGACCAAGGGGGAAGAGCUGAAGGGUAUGAACAGUUCUGAUACCCCUGAGAAGUUCUCCUGCAGGCUGAAGACCCGCGUGAGGACCGGUGAAGCCAGCGAUCCCGUUCGCAACCCAAUAGCUCAAGGAGAACCUAAAUAUUUUGAAGUGGGAACAACGCACACCUUGGAGCCAGGUUUUUCCACUGUUCCACAACCAAUCAACAGCAUCAGGUGGAAGUACGGCACCGCCUUGGUGGUGGAUUGGGAUCCGAGCGGCCAUACAUACUAUGGGUCAUUCAAGGGACGCACAACGUUGGAUCCACAAACCCUGCGGUUGGUCAUCAAGCGUUUGACCUUGGCAGAUAGCGGACAGUUCUCCGUGGAGACGAAUCUUGGAACAGUCGGGACUCAUGAGGUUAAAGUCAUCAAGCCCCCUCCGAAGCCCCUUGUAUUGACAACGAAGAACCCUGAGGGAGCUCAUGCUCUGAGGUGUACCGCGGACACCAAGGAUCUGGGACCGGUCUCCUACGAAUGGAAGAAAGACGAAAUGAAGGAAGGGAAUUGGGAGGAAGGGCCGUGGACCAAGGGGGAAGAGCUGAAGGGUAUGAACAGUUCUGAUACCCCUGAGAAGUUCUCCUGCAGGCUGAAGACCCGCGUGAGGACCGGUGAAGCCAGCGAUCCCGUUCGCAACCCAAUAGCUCAAGGAGAACCUAAAUAUUUAGAAGUGGGAACAACACUCACCUUGGAGCCAGACGUUUCCACUGUUCCACGACCAAUCAACAGCAUCAGGUGGAAGUACGGCACCGCCUUGGUGGUGGAUUGGGAUCCGAGCGGCCAUACAUACUAUGGGUCAUUCAAGGGACGCACAACGUUGGAUCCACAAACCCUGCGGUUGGACAUCAAUCGUUUGACCUUGGCUGAUAGCGGACAGUUCUCCUUGGAGACAAAUCUUGGAACAGUCGGGAGUCAUGAGGUUAAUGUCAUCAAGCCCCCUCCGACGCCCAGUAUAAAGACCCAGACGCUGUGUAACGUCAGUUGUGAUCUGAAGUGUACCGCGGACACCCAGGAUCUGGGACCGGUCUCCUACGAAUGGAAGGAAGACGAAGGAAAGUGGACCGAGGGUGACACGCUGAAGAAUAUCAGCAGUUCUGAUACCCCUGAGAAGCUCUUCUGCAGGCUGAAGACCCGUGUGAGGACCAGCAACACCAGCCUGCCCAUGGAAAAUCCACUCUAUAAACCACCAGGAGCAGCCACAGAGGGGGGAGCAGUGGCAGGUCCCACUUCAUCUCCUGGUGUCACUGAGGAUGGGACACGAGGAGCAGUCACAGAGGGGGGAGCAGUGGCAGGUCCCACUUCAUCUCCUGGUGUCACUGAGGAUGGGAGACGAGCUCAAGGAGAACCUAAAUAUUUUGAAGUGGGAACACCGCUCACCUUGGAGCCAGACGUUUCCACUGUUCAACAACCAAUCAACAGCAUCAGGUGGAAGUACGGCACCGCCUUGGUGGUGGAUUGGGAUCCGAGCGGCCAUACAUACUAUGGGUCAUUCAGAGGACGCACAACGUUGGAUCCACAAACCCUGCGGUUGGUCAUCAAUCGUUUGACCUUGGCAGAUAGCGGACAGUUCUCCGUGGAGACGAAUCUUGGAACAGUCGGGACUCAUGAGGUUAAAGUCAUCAGGCCCCCUCCGACGCCCAGUAUAAAGACCCAGCCGCUGUGUGACGUCAGUUGUGCUCUGAAGUGUACCGCGGACACCCAGGAUCUGAGACCGGUCUCCUACGAAUGGAAGGAAGAUGAAGGAGAGUGGACCGAGGGUGACGAGCUGAAGAAUAUCAGCAGUUCUGAUACCCCUGAAAAGUUCUCCUGCAGGCUGAAGACCCGUGUGAGGACCAGCAACACCAGCCUGCCCAUGGAAAAUCCACUCUAUAAACCACCAGGAGCAGCCACAGAGGGGGAAGCAGUGGCAGGUCCCACUUCAUCUCCUGGUGUCACUGAGGAUGGGAGACGAGGAGCAGCCACAGCGGGGGGAGCAGUGGCAGGUCCCACUUCAUCUGCUGGUGUCACUGAGGAUGGGAGACGAGGAACAGUCACAGAGGGGGGAGCAGUGGCAGGUCCCACUUCAUCUCCUGGUGUCACUGAGGAUGGGAGACGAGCUCAAGGAGAACCUAAAUAUUUUGAAGUGGGAACACCGCUCACCUUGGAGCCAGACGUUUCCACUGUUCCACAACCAAUCAACACCAUCAGGUGGAAAUAUGGCACAGGCUUGGUGGUUGAUUGGGAUCCGAGCGGCCAUACAUACUAUGGGUCAUUCAAGGGACGCACAACGUUGGAUCCAAAAACCCUGUGGUUGGUCAUCAAUCGUUUGACCUUGGCUGAUAGCGGACAGUUCUCCUUGGAGACGAAUCUUGGAACAUUCGGGACUCAUGAGGUUAAAGUCAUCAAGCCCCCUCCGACGCCCAGUAUAAAGACCCAGCCGCUGGUGUGUGACGUAAUUUGUACUUUGAAGUGUACCGCAGACACCACAGAUCUGGGACCGGUCUCCUACGAAUGGAAGAAAGACGAAGGAGAGUGGACCGAGGGUGACGAGCUGAAGGUUAUGGAGAUUUCCAAACCCCCUGAGAAGUUCUCCUGCAGGCUGAAGACCCCUGUGAGGACCAGUAAUGCCAGCAUCGCCAAGGACAAUCCACUCUAUAAACCAGUACCAGCUCAAGGAGAACCUAAAUAUUUUGAAGUGGGAACACCGCUCACCUUGGAGCCAGACGUUUCCACUGUUCAACAACCAAUCAACAGCAUCAGGUGGAAGUACGGCACCGCCUUGGUGGUGGAUUGGGAUCCGAGCGGCCAUACAUACUAUGGGUCAUUCAGAGGACGCACAACGUUGGAUCCACAAACCCUGCGGUUGGUCAUCAAUCGUUUGACCUUGGCAGAUAGCGGACAGUUCUCCGUGGAGACGAAUCUUGGAACAGUCGGGACUCAUGAGGUUAAAGUCAUCAGGCCCCCUCCGACGCCCAGUAUAGAGACCCAGCCGCUGUGUAACGUCACUUGUACUUUGAAGUGUACCGCGGACACCCAGGAUCUGAGACCGGUCUCCUACGAAUGGAAGGAAGAUGAAGGAGAGUGGACUGAGGGUGACGAGCUGAAGAAUAUCAGCAGUUCUGAUACCCCUGAAAAGUUCUCCUGCAGGCUGAAGACCCGUGUGAGGACCAGCAACACCAGCCUGCCCAUGGAAAAUCCACUCUAUAAACCACCAGGAGCAGCCACAGAGGUGGGAAGCAGUGGCAGGUCCCACUUCAUCUCCUGGUGUCCACUGAGGAUGGGAGACGAGGAGCAGUCCACAGAGGGGGGAGCAGUGGCAGGUCCCACUUCAUCUGCUGGUGUCACUGAGGAUGGGAGACGAGGAACAGUCACAGAGGGGGGAGCAGUGGCAGGUCCCACUUCAUCUCCUGGUGUCACUGAGGAUGGGAGACGAGCUCAAGGAGAACCUAAAUAUUUUGAAGUGGGAACACCGCUCACCUUGGAGCCAGACGUUUCCACUGUUCCACAACCAAUCAACACCAUCAGGUGGAAAUAUGGCACAGGCUUGGUGGUUGAUUGGGAUCCGAGCGGCCAUACAUACUAUGGGUCAUUCAAGGGACGCACAACGUUGGAUCCAAAAACCCUGUGGUUGGUCAUCAAUCGUUUGACCUUGGCUGAUAGCGGACAGUUCUCCUUGGAGACGAAUCUUGGAACAUUCGGGACUCAUGAGGUUAAAGUCAUCAAGCCCCCUCCGACGCCCAGUAUAAAGACCCAGCCGCUGGUGUGUGACGUAAUUUGUACUUUGAAGUGUACCGCAGACACCACAGAUCUGGGACCGGUCUCCUACGAAUGGAAGAAAGACGAAGGAGAGUGGACCGAGGGUGACGAGCUGAAGGUUAUGGAGAUUUCCAAACCCCCUGAGAAGUUCUCCUGCAGGCUGAAGACCCCUGUGAGGACCAGUAAUGCCAGCAUCGCCAAGGACAAUCCACUCUAUAAACCAGUACCAGGAGCAGCCACAGAGGGGGAAGCAGUGGCAGGUCCCACUUCAUCUCCUGGUGUCACUGAGGAUGGGAGACGAGGAGCAGCCACAGCGGGGGGAGCAGUGGCAGGUCCCACUUCAUCUGCUGGUGUCACUGAGGAUGGGAGACGAGGAACAGUCACAGAGGGGGGAGCAGUGGCAGGUCCCACUUCAUCUCCUGGUGUCACUGAGGAUGGGAGACGAGCUCAAGGAGAACCUCAAUAUUUUGAAGUGGGAACAACGCUCACCUUGGAGCCAGACGUUUCCACUGUUCCACAACCAAUCAACACCAUCAGGUGGAAAUAUGGCACAGGCUUGGUGGUGGAUUGGGAUCCGAGCGGCCAUACAUACUUUGGGUCAUUCGAGGGACGCACAACGUUGGAUCCAAAAACCCUGCAGUUGGUCAUCAAUCGUUUGACCUUGGCUGAUAGCGGACAGUUCUCCUUGGAGACGAAUCUUGGAACAGUCGGGACUCAUGAGGUUAAAGUCAUCAAGCCCCCUCCGACGCCCAGUAUAGAGACCCAGCCGCUGUGUGACGUCAGUUGUGCUCUGAAGUGUACCGCGGACACCACAGAUCUGGGACCGGUCUCCUACGAAUGGAAGAAAGAAGACGGAGAGUGGACCGAGGGUGACGCGCUGAAGAAUAUCAGCAGUUCUGAUACCCCUGAGAAGUUCUUCUGCAGGCUGAAGACCCGUGUGAGGACCAGCAACACCAGCCUGCCCAUGGAAAAUCCACUCUAUAAACCAGUACCAGGUUGUGCUGGCCUUACUCUUUAUGGAGAGGUCGGAGGGCCGGCCUUAUUUCCAUGCAAGUCAACUAGGGAGAACAUGAAGUUUAUUUACUUUCAAGGAGGCCCAGGUUUGACUGAUUUUAUAAUUGGAUAUCAUAAUAAGAAGAACCUCACUGGGCCCAGUCGACCUGACACCUACUUGAACCAUGUGGAUAAAACUGUAACCUUUUUGAAUCUAACCGUCUUAGACGAAGGGACAUACAUAUGCCACAUAGGCUAUGAGGUCGGCGGUGGAAUUACUGAAGACACUACAAUAACUCUCAUCCUAAUUGGGCCCCCUCCGACGCCCAGUAUAGAGACCCAGCCGCUGUGUAACGUCACUUGUACUUUGAAGUGUACCGCGGACACCCGGGAUCUGGGACCGGUCUCCUACGAAUGGAAGAAAGAUGAAGGAGAGUGGACUGAGGGUGACGAGCUGAAGAAUAUCAGCAGUUCUGAUACCCCUGAGAAGUUCUUCUGCAGGCUGAAGACCCGUGUGAGGACCAGCAACACCAGCCUGCCCAUGGAAAAUCCACUCUAUAAACCAGUACCAGGUUGUGCUGGCCUUACUCUUUAUGGAGAGGUCGGAGGGCCGGCCGUAUUUCCAUGCAAGUCAACUAGGGAGAACAUGAAGUUUAUUUACUUUCAAGGAGGCCCAGACGAAGGGACAUACAUAUGCCACAUAGGCUAUGAGGUCGGCGGUGGAAUUACUGAAGACACUACAAUAACUCUCAUCAUAAUUGGGCCCCCUCCGACGCCCAGUAUAGAGACCCAGCCGCUGUGUGACGUCAGUUGUACUUUGAAGUGUACCGCGGACACCACAGAUCUGGGACCGGUCUCCUACGAAUGGAAGAAAGACGACGGAGAGUGGACCGAGGGUGACGCGCUGAAGAAUAUCAGCAGUUCUGAUACCCCUGAGAAGUUCUUCUGCAGGCUGAAGACCCGUGUGAGGACCAGCAACACCAGCCUGCCCAUGGAAAAUCCACUCUAUAAACCAGUACCAGGGCCCCCUCCGACGCCCAGUAUAGAGACCCAGCCGCUGUGUGACGUCAGUUGUGCUCUGAAGUGUACCGCGGACACCACAGAUCUGGGACCGGUCUCCUACGAAUGGAAGAAAGACGACGGAGAGUGGACCGAGGGUGACGCGCUGAAGAAUAUCAGCAGUUCUGAUACCCCUGAGAAGUUCUUCUGCAGGCUAAAGACCCGUGUGAGGACCAGCAACACCAGCCUGCCCAUGGAAAAUCCACUCUAUAAACCAGUACCAGGUUGUGCUGGCCAUACUCUUUAUGGAGAGGUCGGAGGGACGGUCGUAUUUCCAUGCAAGUCAACUAGGGAGAACAUCAAGUUUAUUUACUUUCAAGGAGGCCCAGAUUUGACUGAUUUUAUAAUUGGAUAUCAUAACAAGAAGAACCUCACUGGGCCCAAAAGACUUCACACCAAAUUAAGCCUUGAAAAUAAAACGGUAACCUUUUGGAAUCUAACCGUCUUAGACGAAGGGACAUACAAAUGCCUCGUAGGCUAUGAGGUCGGCGGUGGAAAUACUGAUGACACUACAACAAGACUCAUCCUAAUUGAGCCCCCCCCGACGCCCAGUAUAAAGAUCCAGCCGCUGUGUGACGUCAGUUGUGCUCUGAGGUGUACCGCGGACACCCAGGAUCUGGGACCGGUCUCCUACGAAUGGAAGGAAGACGAAGGCGAGUGGACCAAUGGUGACGAGCUGAAGAAUAUCAGCAGUUCUGAUACCCCUGAGAAGUUCUUCUGCAGGCUGAGGACCCGUGUGAGGACCAGCGACACCAGCCUGCCCAUGGAAAAUCCACUCUAUAAACCACCAGGUCCUGCUGAAGGGUCGUAUGAAGGUGUUUGGAUGAUUAUCGGAAUAAUUAUUGGCAUAUUAUUAUUCAUUGUUGCUCUAUUGGCAGCUCUGGUGAAGUGGCGUCCGAGCAAUCCACUUUCUAUGUUAAUCCUCCGGAAUGAUUUUCUGAGGAGACACAUAUUUUGUAACCAGCAACGACCCCAAUCAGUCCCACAAGCCAAUCCAGUACCAGCAACCGAAGAAGUCGCAGUCGCUGAGGAUUUGGAGUUGGAAACGUUGAAUAAUACAAAUUCAAAUGAAAACAUUUAGGUAGUCACCCAGAGUGGCCCCUACAUUGUUGCCGUCUAAGCAUCUACUAGGCCGCCUCUGAAUGUCCAACACCUGGAACACGUUGAUGGGACUGCAGACCACUCCAUGUUGCUCUCAACAAGAGCAAUGAGGUCGCUGCACUCACCGGAUCAUUUGUCAAUAUU